ACAGCCACGGUGUCUUGGGAUAUCCGGACAUUGUACUCCACAGUACCUGAAGAUGCAGAGCACAAAGCAGAAAAUUUACUGGUGAAAGAGAAUAACAGACUAAGAAAAUAUGCCUUUGAAUUGAAAAUGAAUGACCUAACUUAUUUUGUGCUGGCGGCUGAAACAGAGUCAGAUAUGGAUGAAUGGAUCCACACCCUCAACCGCAUCCUGCAAAUCAGUCCCGAGGGGCCCUCUCAGGGGAGGAGGAGCACAGAGCUCGCAGAUCUGGGGCUAGAUUCGCUGGAUAAUUCUAUAACUUGUGAAUGCACACCAGAGGACACAGAGUCUUCAGAGAACAGCCUGCACCCAGACUUCGCAAAAUACCUCACAGAAACUGAAGAGACUGUCAAAACAACUCGAAAUAUGGAGAGGCUAAAUCUGUUCUCGCUGGAUCCAGAUAUAGAUACCUUGAAACUUCAGAAAAAGGACCUUUUAGAACCCGACUCUGUGAUCAAACCAUUUGAAGAAAAAGCUGCCAAGAGAAUCAUGAUCAUGUGUAAAGCUCUCAACUUAAAUCUUCAGGGAUGUGUUACGGAGAAUGAGAAUGAUCCGAUAACGAACAUUGAGCCUUUUUUUGUGAGUGUGGCACUUUAUGACCUCAGAGACAGCAGGAAGAUUUCUGCCGAUUUCCACGUGGAUCUCAAUCACACUGCUGUCAGGCAAAUGCUCUCAGGGUCUUCCGUGGGGUUGGAAAAUGGAAACAUUGACACUGUCACUCCAAGACAAUCAGAAGAACCUCACGUCAAAGGAUUUCCAGAGGAAUGGCUAAAAUUUCCAAAGCAGGCUAUAUUUUCUGUAAGCAAUCCGCAUUCUGAAAUUGUUUUUGUGGCCAAAAUCGAAAAAGUACUGAUGGGGAACAUUGCAAGUGGUGCUGAACCUUAUAUUAAGAAUCCAGACUCCAACAAGUAUGCACAAAAGAUACUAAAAUCCAACAGGCAGUUCUUCAGCAAGUUGGGAAGAUACCGCAUGCCCUUUGCUUGGGCGGUAAGGUAGGUUGACAGCUACAAU